AUGUCGUCGAAGGUCCUUUCCACAAGUGCUUUGCCGGAAGGCCUGGCUCCUGGCUACCAGCCAUUCAAGGCACGAUAUGACCUGGAGAGCUUGGUCAAGGACAUCAAGGAGCAUUUGGGAGAGUCAGGAGGUAUAUCUUCAGACGAGGUGGACUCACAAUACUUGAUUUCUUUGGCGAGGAAAUACAUCAGUGAUCCAGCUGACUGGAUCGACUUUUUCCACAACGACACAUCCAAGAACUACACCCGAAACUGCAUUGAAAACAUCAACCACAAGGCGAAUAUUCUUCUCUUAGUAUGGAAUCCCGGAAAGGGGUCCCCCAUACAUGAUCAUGCCGAUGCCCAUUGCAUUAUGAAGGUUCUGGCAGGCGAGCUCCACGAAACGGUCUACAAUUCGCCAGAAGGGGAUGCGCCCAGGCCCCUGUCCAUCAAGUCGUCUCAGACCUUUGGCAUGAACGAAGUGACCUACAUCUCUGACGAUAUCGGUCUUCAUCGGGUUCAUAACCCGAGCCCCAAUAGAGUUGCCGUCUCACUCCACUUGUACACGCCUCCGAAUGCGGCUGAUUAUGGUUACAAUAUCUUUGACGAAUCCACUGGUCGCGCGAGCCAUGUUCCCCAGGCCCACUCGGUCUGCAAGACUAGCUAA